AUGUUUUUGGAUCAUCCAUCGGCGAUUUUCGAACAUUCGACCGAUGGAUUGACAUUAAAUAUCUUGCUUUGCCCAAGACAUAAAUAUUUUCUUACUGUUUCGCUUUCUUCUUUAAAUUUAUGGUCAGCAGAAGAUUCACUGCGAACAUUUAUCACAAGCUAUACACUUACCCAAAAUUAUAUUGAUCAGUAUGGCCUAUUCAAUCAGGCAGCUUGGAUAAAUGGUGAUGUUUUCGCGGCACUAACUAUGCCAGGAAACGUAUUAUUCUUUCAGAUACACAACGAAAAUACAGAAAUACGAUUGAUAUCAGUUGCAGCAUCAGAUUCAAAAAGUAUUUUUACAUCUAUCUCAUCAUUCGCAAAUUAUCUCGUUGCAUCCACAAAUAAUGGAGAAAUUGUUAUAAUUGCACCGAACUCGAAGUCUCAUAUACAGCAUAAAGUAAUUGAUGACCAUAUCAAAAGCAUAUCUAUAAUAGGUAAUCAUGGCACUUUAUUAGCGGGAAAUCGAUUAGCUUAUCGCUUUACUAUAAACAAAACCGUUUUAGUAGAGAAGAAUUACGACCUAGGAUUGCAAAAGAUCGAUAUAAAAAGCGCAAUUACAAUUUCUCAAAGUCCGAAUCGACUUUUCACAGCUAUAUUAAAUCCCGCUGGAUUCAUAUACGUAACGAAUUUCACAGAUUAUACGAAUUCAUUUAAAAUACCAAGCCAAUUAUCUGUUAUAUUUUUAUGGUCACAAGAUGGUAACACGUUAAUAGCAAUUUUCAGAGAUGGAACAGUUUAUAUCAUUUCUAUGUUAUUAAGAGUACCUCGUAGAAUGAAAAUUCCUGAACUAGAAGGUUGUAAUGCUGCUGCAUUAGGAAGAGGACAUAUUUUUGCAUCAACUGCAGCUGGAUUAGUCAACAUUCCUAUUUUGACAUCACCUAGAAGCGGCUAUCCUCUUAUUUUCGGUCCAAAUACUUUAUAUGCGUUUAGAUGUGUCGAUAGAAAGGCAUUUUCUGUAAAUUUUGUGUUACCAACACCAAUAGAGAACACAAUAAAGCAGAUUGAUUAUGCUGCUGCAGAUAAUAUUGAGAGAUUUGUCGCAUUUAGUGGAAGAGGACAGAUUUUCUUAUUAGACCAAGUAUUAGGUAAAUGGAUAUCACCUCAAACACCUAAAAUUAACUGCAGAGGACUAUGUUGGAGUGGUAGAUUACUCUGUUGUCUCUCAUUUAAUUCAGAAACACUUCAAUACUCAUUGAAUGUGUUUGAAAUACAUAUGUAUGAGUUCUUAUCACUCAUAUUCACCUUUUCUUUGCCUUCUAGACCUAUAUCAAUAACAGCAGAUGAAAAAUUAAUAACAAUAAUUUUGACAAACAAAGUUUUGAUGUUUAAAGACUUGAAAUGCAUUGGAUCCAUGUCAUUUCCAUCACAACCUAUCAAUGUUCAGCCAAAUCAUCAAAAUUCUGCUAUUUUUGUCCAACUUUUGGACAGAAAAUUGCAAAUGAUCGAUUUAAAUACAAUGCAAACACCAGUUGUCCAUGAUGAUUGUGGUGAUUUCAUUGUAGAUAGUGGGUUUGGCAUCAUAUUUGUCCAAACAGGACUAAGAAUUAAAUUAAGUUCAAUAAAAAACAUCAAAUUCGGACCAUUUAUUGAAACAUCAGAUAUAACAGUAGGAGUAUUCCCGCGCUGUACUUCAAUAUUGAUGCUACAAAGCACAGCAAAGCCUCCUUUCACUCCAAAUCUGAAUCAGUUCUUUGAUCUUUCAAUUGUAAGGGAACUGAAAGAUCCAGCAAAUGCUGCAGCAAUAGUUAAGCAGAGAUUGCACCCUGGAUAUCUCUUUACUGCAGCUUUGAGACAGAUUUCGGUUUUCAGUUUACGCGACAGGCUUGGAAACCUUCUUGUACCUUUCCUAGAGUAUUUCCCUGAAGAAAGAAACACAGCUCUUGCAUCAGCUUUAAGGGCCGUUGAAUCUCCAGAGAGAAAAGGCGUUUUCCAAGUUCUUGGCCAUGUUUCUUCAAUUUUUGUUGAAAUGGCCAAUGCAGAAAUGAUGCAGACUGAUGAGUAUAUAACAUUUGUCGACAAAGAAGGCGAUGGCAAACGUGAUAUAGAGAACGCAGCCCUUCUUUUACCUGUUGUCAUGGAAGAAGAUGGACCAUUAAUUGGCUUUCCUGCAGCAAUUUAUUCACUGACCAAAUUACACACGAGAAUUGAUUUUGUUGAAAGUCUCGUGAGAUUUUUGGAUCCAUUGCUGUCAGGAGGGAAACCAAUAGGCAACGGAAUGGUAGAUUGUGUAGGCAUGCAAUUAACUGUUGCUCAGUACAAGAACUUGUACAAUCGAACAAUUAAUGCAUUUGAAUUUUGUUUGGUUGACUUGAUGAAGAAAAUUUUGCCAAACAUUGCUUUGCAAUUUAUCAAUGCAACAAAAAUAGAUGCAAUAGAGAUUUUUAAGAAGAACAUCGCCGAAGAUGAUGCAUUUAACAUAGCAACCAUUCUUGAUACUGUUGGACCUUUGAUUACAAGUGGAGAAUUCGAAAGAUCUGAUGCAACAAAAUUUUCAUCAUUGACAUUGAAUGGAGGCUGGAUGUGUUGGACUUGCGCUCUCCUGCUGUUGACUAGUAGAAGUUCAGAUGCUAUUCUGAUAUUGAAUAGAACUCCUAAGUUGAAGAAACAAAUUUUGAACUCGCAAUGGAAACAUCUAAUUGAGAUGUGA